AUGGGUGCCGCCGUCUCAGUAACGGCAGCAAACCUGACGAUGGAGCGUCUUGAACAACGCGCACUCGGCUCAUUUUGUCCUGCCCCCAAGACCUUUUUACGUUAUGUGGAUGACUGCUUCAGCAUAAUCAAGAAGGAGGCAUUGAAUGUAUUCACUCAGCACCUGGACGACAUGAACGCAGCAAUCAAGUUUGCCGUAGAGGAGGAGCUGCACGGUAAACUUCCUUUCCUAGACGUCCUCGUCAAGCGCGAAGGAGAAGGCAUGUCGUUCAGUGUCUACAGAAAAAGCACCCACACGGGUCGCUAUUUGCAUUUCAAUUCCGUGAACCCGGUUUCCCACAAAAGCGGUGUGAGCAGCAUUCCUGUUGUGCUGGUGCCCUUGGGUAGUGGUUCAAUCCGGUUGAACAACCCUAAGGCGAUUCAGGAGCAACUUCAUGCGGUAACCUCGCAGUAUCAGAGCAUCCCCGAUGUGCGACAGUUCGGCCGCGGAGAAUCAAAGCCAGGAGCCAUGACGGCCGCAGCAGAGGCGGAUGCGUCCAGUCUUGGCUUGGCUGAGGACAGUGGCAAGGGUUCCUCGACCUCCGAGGAAGAUGGUGCUGUGCCUGUUGUGUUUUGA